ACGUACGGCAUGUAACCAGUUCUCCGUACCCUAUAUAAAUAGAGGGAAGGUCACCAAUUUUCAGUUCCUCUUUCAGGUACUCUGUACAAAGUAGUAAAGUACACCCUCGCUCCAUCUCGUAACGCCUAAAUUGUUCUCCCUGCUUUUCUCAAGACACUAAGUAAUGGCAUCUCAAGAGAGGAAUCGCAACGAAAAUGUAGCAGAUGAUGUUGAAGGCGGUUCUAGUGAUAUUGAAUAUGAUCCUGGUAAUGAGGAAUAUGGUGAAGAAACAUUUGAUCCAGUGUGUUCCCUUUGUGAUAACGGCGGAACUCUCAUAUGGUUGACUCUAGCCGCUGUCAAAACAGGUCAUCGGGUCGGGUUUGGGUCGGUCAUUCCGAGUAUCGUGUCAUGAUCAGGUCGGGUCGUGUCGGGUCAAUAUUCCAUCCGGGUUGAGUUCGGGUUCGGUCGGGUCAAUUUCAAGUCUAGUCAUGUCGGGUUUUUUCCUAUCACGGAUUCAGGUUGGGUUCGGGUCAGGUCAUAUUUCGGUCAGGUUUGAUUUCGGGUUCGGGUCUUAUCGGGUCGGGUUUAAGUCGGUUUGUAGUAGGUAAUUUCGGGUUCGGGUUUUAUCAAGUCGGGUUUAAGUCGGUUCGGACUUGGUUUGGAUCGGAUAAUAAUCGGAUCAGAUUGAAUUCAGGUCGGGUAACUCUCGGGGACGGGUCAAACUCGGGUCUGAUAAUUAACCUAUACAUUUUAAUUAUUUUAUACGGUUUUUUCAUGAAAUGCCCCUGAGGUUUCACGAAAUUCACCAAAUACCCCUGCGUGUUUCAAAAUACAUAAUAUACCCCUAUUGAAACUUAACGUGCACCAAAUACCCUUUGAUUUAACGGCCGUUAGUACUCCGUUAGCGUUAAUUUACGUUCAUACCCUUAUCUAUCCAAUAUUCUAUAUUUUAACUUUUAAAAAAAAAUCGCAUUUCUUCUCUCUCUUCUCAUCUCCUUUGCUGUUUCGAUCUCACUCCCAAUUCAUCAAUAGCCAUUGAUUCACCUCAAAUUACCCAGAAAUUCGAGCCUCUUUUCCAGUGAUAUGGUAGUGCAGAUGGUGGGAAGUCCGGCGAAUCCACAAUUGCAGCCGACGAAGGUUGAAGGCUGGCGGCGAGAGGAGAUCGAGGAAGUCCGACGACCCAUUUUUACCGGAGAAAUUCAUUGAAAUCGAGGAGAGGACUAAGCGCGGCUGCAACGAAGAAAGGAGAAGACGGCGGCGCCUUCUCAAUUCUCUCUCCUCAAACCACCUCCUUCUCCCUACCAAACUCCAGACCGCUAAAACUUCUUCACUCAUUACAAAAAUGGCAGCUUCAUCCAAUUCUUCUCUAAUGUGGUUCCGAAAGGGGAUCCGAAUCCACGAUAACCCGGCUCUUGAACACGCUGCUACAGAGUCGAAUUUUGUGUACCCAAUUUUUGUGAUCGACCCGCAUUAUAUGGACCCUGACCCGAAUGCUUUCAGCGAGGAAGUAUGAAACUGUAAGAGUGGAUGGCUUUGAAAAGGUAGAUAUAGUGAGUGCUUUAGUUUUCUUUAGUUCUCUUUGUUAAGGAGUAUUUUAGAACUGGUUUCAAGAGAUGCCUGAGUGCCUGCACUUUUGGAGUUGAGAGGAAACUUAACAUGUAAAACCCUUGGUAUGACACUAUGAAGCCACUGGUAGAAAGUUCGGACGUAUUUUUGUUGAAAGUGUUCUCAGCAUUAUUGAUAACAUCACCCUUUGCAUUCCCCUUGGUAAAGCCUGUGUUGGAUUUUCAAUGGUUGUUGCUCUAAAGCAGACAUAAGAGGUCCAUAUGAGCCAUCUUAGAACUAUGGAUGAUUUGGACUGGAAAUUGCCCUAUGAAGCCUUCCUCAAAGCUAUAAAUCAAUCUAGUUUCAAGUCUUGAAGCUCCCCAAUUUAGAAGCUAUACUCAUCAGCCACACAAUUAAGCCUUACACCCCCUAUCUACAAGUUACCUUUUUAUGAAUUUUCUUAGGUUUACGAGAUUUGUAUGUUUUGGGCCGUACGUAGAAUGGCCAUUAAGUGUGGAAGAUUCACAUAGGCAUGGGACAUAAGGAUCUCUGGUUUUGUUUGGCCAUGUGUUUAGCUCUGCUGUUAGUUCUUGUAAAGAAUAAGAAUAAGUGGUAGUGCAUAGAUAGAUUAGGAUUCUCCCUUGCCUGCUCUGUCUAGAGGUCAAGGCAGCAGACAGUUAAGACAAGUUCAUCAGGUUGUUCAGAUGACACCAUGAGACCAAAUGUUGAUAAGACAGACUAUGAGAUACCAUCUAUUAGUAAUAUUGGGAGGAAGAGGCAGUUUGGUGAGAUUAGUAGCCACCAACAUCCAGAGCUAUAGGAGCAGGUUCUUGGCAAGUUACUAUGCAAAUUAUUCAGCUUUUUAUGGAAUAUAAUCCCUGUUUAUUGCUGGAAAUUUGUUACAAACUGCUCUACUUCAUUGCUACGAAAAUUAGAACUGCAAACUAGCCGCUAGAUUUAAAUUAUGCAGUUUAAAAGCAGUUUGGGUAUUUGAUGCAAACAAAUUUACAAAUAGUUUUAUAUUGUGCAAAAAGUUUAUAAAUAGGUGCAUUUGGUGAAUUAUAAACAUGACUUAACGGAGGACUAACGGAAAGUCAAAAUAGGGGUAUUUGGUGAACAAUACGAAAAAAAUAGGGGUAUAUUAUGUAUUUUGAAACACGCAGGGGUAUUUGGUGAAUUUCGUAAAACCUCGGGGGCAUUUCAUGAAAAAACCGUAUUUUAUAUUGUAAAAUAUAUUGUUUAACUUAUUUUAGAGUUAAAUUUUAUCGAGUUACAAUCGGUUUCGGGUUGAGAUCGUGUCGGGUAUCGAAUCGGGUUCGGGUCAUUGUUCGGUCGGGUCAGUUCGGUUAUCGGUCAUCUUCGGGUCGGGUGUCGGUUUCGAGUUCGGGUGUUACAACAUUGGUUAUCGGUUUUUUCAGGUCGGGUACAGCUCGGGUUUCGGCUUACCUGUUUUACCGUAAUUUCGGGUCAUGGUCCGUCACGGGUUCGGUCGGUUCAUGUCGGGUUUUCAGAUCGGUUGUGAAGGAAAUUGCAUGAGAACCUUCCAUGCUACUCAAGAAUCCGCUGAAGAGGACUUCGGAUGUUUUUCUCUUGGUUUUACUGAGAAUGAACUUCAGGUAUUAGAUGUAUGCGUCAGUUCAUAUGUCGAAAUUGUCAAUAUAAUUUACAUCAGUGCUUUUCUUGUGGGCGGUUAGGCUCUUCUGAUCUGCAAGCAGGAGCUCAGGUAUUUCAAUGUGGUAAUGCAGGCUGUGGCUACUUUUAUCAUCCUGAUUGUGUUGCUGAUAACGAAGUUGCUGCGACAGAGCUAAAGGAGAGUAUUCGUGCAGGAGAGCCAUUUACUUGCCCGCUUCAUUUAUGCUUUGUUUGUAGACAACCAGAGGAUAAGACUGAUCGUAACUUGCACAUGGCUGUGUGUAGACGUUGUCCAAAAGCAUACCACCGAAGAUGUUUACCUGGGGAGAUUGGUUUUGAGGGCAAUUUCCCAAGGGCUUGGGAAGGCCCUUGGGAAGGUCUUUAUGCUAACCGAAUUUUGAUAUAUUGCUUAGAGCAUGAGAUUGACGAGUUUCUGGGCACUCCUCUAAGAAACCAUAUCAACUUUCCUGGUGAUGAGCUCGAAAGAGCCAUUGUUGCAGACAUAUCUGCUGGUGCAGGUGCAGGUGCACCUGAAAUAACUGGUUGGGAAGAUGGGGAUAGACCUUGCAGGUGCACCCGAAUUAGUCUUAUAUGUACGCGAUGUUUGGGUACAAAACAAAACUGUUAAAAAAACUUGUUCAUUAAAAUCGAUCUCUUUAUAUACCACAAUCGAAAAAUAUUGAAAUUGUUUUUUAUCUCGUUAUCAAUAUUUAAUGAUCUACUACUAAGUAAUAGUGAAUUGAACAAAGUAAUCGUAAAUACAGUUUUUUGUAUGUUUUUUUUAUGGGAAGAAUUUCAACUAGGUACUUGGUAGUAAAUUGGUCUAACACUCGAUAGCUUAGUAUAAAAAUAUGGAGUACUAUGUAAUGUAUUGUGAGAUCUGAUUAAAUUUGUAUAGAUUAAAAUCGGCA